AUGCGAAUAUUACUAACUGGAGCAGCUGGAUACAUCGGAAGUCAUGUCGCGUUGGAAUUGUUGCAAGUGGGUUAUGAUGUCGUAUGUGUUGACAAUUUCUCCAAUUCCAUCCAAGAUGCCGAUGGUAAUGCUGUAAGCUUAAAGCAUGUAUCGCGAAUCAUAGGCAUCGAAAUACCGUUUGUUUUUGCCGAUUGUUGUAAUGAAAGGCAGUUGGAAUCUGUUUUUAAAGAAUAUGAAAUCGGCGGUGUGGUUCAUUUGGCAGGUUUGAAAGCAGUUGGAGAGUCCGUUGAGAAUCCUCUCAGUUAUUAUCACAAUAAUCUUGUUGCAACACUAGUGGUACUAAAGCUCUGUGAUAAAUACAACGUCAAAAACUUUGUUUUCUCAAGCAGUGCAACUGUUUAUGGAUGUCCAGAAGAUCUUCCCCUUAAGGAAUCCCAUGUAGUUGGUCUUGGAAUUACUAAUCCUUAUGGUCACACUAAGCACAUGAUCGAACGGAUUUUAAUGGAUUUAGCUAUCGCUGAUGAGAGCUGGAAAAUAAUCAUUUUAAGAUAUUUUAAUCCUGUGGGUGCUCAUCCAAGUGGUCUGAUCGGUGAUAAUCCGAAGGAUAUUCCUAAUAAUUUGAUGCCAUAUGUCAGCCAAGUAGCUAUUGGCAAAUUACCUGUGCUCAAAAUAUUUGGAACUGAUUUUGAAACGCCUGAUGGAACUGGUGUGCGAGAUUAUAUUCAUAUCGUAGAUUUGGCUCGAGGACACGUAGCUGCAUUUGAUUACAUUAAAAGGCAUCUGAAAAUCGGUUGCCAAGUAUAUAAUUUGGGAACUGGAAAAGGAUAUUCUGUUUUAGAGAUGAUCAAUGCCUUCGAAAAAGUUUCCGGAAAAAAAGUAAAAACAAAGAACAGUCCUCGAAGAGCAGGUGAUGUGGCUUGUGUUUAUUGCGAUCCAUCGUUGGCUGCUAGAGAUCUCGGCUGGAAAUGUGAAUAUGGUCUUGAAGAGAUGUGCCGUGAUUUGUGGAACUGGCAGGUGAAAAAUCCUGAUGGUUAUGUGAACAUUAAUUGCUAA